AUGUGGCAAGAGAUCGUCGUCGGCUGCCUCCUCGCCAUCGUUCUCAUCAGCUCUCUCGCUGUCGUGUACUACAAGCAGACACCCCUUCCGUAUAUAUCCACUUUUGCACCGCUUCCACGACCCGCGUUGCUCUUGGCCACGCGCGCACUGACGGUGGUCUUUUACCUCGUCGUGCUCAUUGACGACUUGAGUGCCGGGGGGAUUCGCAAUUACGACUACUAUACGUUCUGGAACUUCAACCUCCAGACCAUCUACUUUGCCUACAGCCUCGUCGUCCAAUGGCGCAGUGUGCAGCAAGGGCAUGCGCGCCGCCUCAACACGCUUUUUGACGUUGUCCUGGCCGACGCGCUUCUCGUCAUGACGGUCUUCUGGGCCAUCCUCUACGACAGCAGCAAGCCCUUUCGGUGGGUCGAAGUCGCGGAGCACGGCGUCAACUCGGUUCUCGUGCUUCUCGAGUUUGCUCUCAACGACUAUAGUGUCCAGAAGCGCAGUGUCGUGUAUGCGUCGUGUCUCUUUCCCGCAGUUUUUGGUGCGUUUGCGUGGGUCGGACGCUCGUCGUGGCGCGACGACUGGGUCUACCCGUUUCUCAACGUCACCGACACCGUCGCGCCGCUUUGGUACAUGGGACUCAUUGUCGGCCACGGCAUCUUCUUUGGCGUCGCCCUCGGUCUCGCCAAGCUCAAGCGGUGUGUGCGUCAGCCAGCGACACCUUCUGAACCGCUGCUCUCAUCGUACUUGUCGUCGGACGCGCUGACAAAAGCUUAGCGCAGAUUGAAAUAUAGGACGCUUUCUG